GGCUCGUCAAUGAAUUUAACGCAAAUCCUAAUAUUAAGCUUUUCCUAAUCUCUACAAGAGCGGGAUCCUUGGGUAUUAACUUGACUGGAGCUAAUAGAGUAAUAAUAUUUGAUGCCAGUUGGAAUCCUUGCCAUGACACUCAAGCAGUAUAUAGAAUAUAUAGGUAUGGGCAAACAAAGCCAUGUUAUGUGUACAGAAUUGUAAUGGAUAGAUGCCUAGAAAAAAAAAUAUAUGACAGGCAAAUUAAAAAACAAGGAAUGUCUGAUAGAAUUGUUGAUGAGUGCAAUCCGGAGGCGCAUUUGUCUAUGAGAGAUAUAACAAAUCUAUGUCACGAUUACAACUCAGAUGGUGAUCCUAUUGAUAGUGACGGUCAGAAGUCAAAUGAGCCAACUACUCAAAAUAAUGAUACCGAUCAGCUUUCUAUGGCAGAUAAAAAAAAAGAUGAAAAAUGUCUUCCAACAACGAGUCAUAUGGAUCCAAUUGUUAAUAAAAUUGUUGAACUACAUGCGAACUGUAUAACAAAAGAUCCUUUUCUGCAUGAAAGCUUAUUAGUUGAUCAAAAAGAUAGGAAGCUAUCACAAGCUGAAAAAAGACAGGCCCAUAGAAGCUAUGAACUUGAAAAGAAAGCGUCUGUUAAUCAAAAAUUUGCAUACGCCCCAGGAAAAAUGCAGUACAAAAUUUUAAACUCUGAUGGUACUAUUAUUACGCGACCAGUGGCUUCGAUAAAACCACUACAGACCAAAAAACAAAACGCCGUUAGCGGAGGUCGAUCGACGCGUUGGAUACCUGCUGAAGUGUGGCAAAGACAAGGAAUGACUGCUCAAGAAAUGACGUUGCCCCUUGAUGUUGUCAUACCUACAAAUUCAUCAGAGAAAUCUAAUAUAAUACUCAAGGCCGGCCAAAGAGUUAUGGUGUUAAAAUCAGCGAAAGGAAUAUAUAUGCAAUUAGAUAGUGGAAAAAUUAUUGCAAUCAGAACAACAUCCAAGCGCACAGAUGAAGAAAAAAAUAAAGAAGACGUAAUUGAUAUUACAUCAGACUGCGAUACAGAUGUUCCAAAGCCUACAUCGCCAGAGCAAGAGAAACCCUUGGAAACAUUAACUGUGCCAAAAACAAAUGAAGUCAAUAACACGGAAUGUUUACCAGUCGAGCCGUCUGAUCCACCCUUAACCAGAACAGGCGUUUUAGAUGAUCUACAGCAAAAUAAACCUCAAAUUUUGCAAAAUAGUAAUGAAAUUGAAAGUUUAAACAGCAUCCCAGCAAGUCUUCACCAGAUGCAGAAUGAUUUGGAGUACCAUAAGCAGCAACCGUAUAAGCAUGAAGCACAGUUACCUAUUGUCGAACCUUACAGAAGUUCUCUUAAUGUUCAAUCGAGUGCAAUACACCAACAGCCUAUAGCUUCUAACAACGAUUUGUCGGAAGAAUCAUAUUUUUCAAGUAAAAAUGUUCCACACACGUUCACUCCCCAAUAUUAUAAUUACUAUGACAAUAAGAAUACACCCGCAACAGCCAACUAUCAUAUUAAUAAUUAUGCUCCAUAUGGUCAUUUUAAUUUUGCUCCCUAUCAUUCCAAUUUCCAUUCACCGGCUGGGUAUAGCGGUAGUUCCGGACCAUAUAUUAACUCAAAUGUCUUUCCUAGACAACCCUGGAAUUCAGUUGGAAGCCACCAAUCAAAUAAUGAAUCAAUUCGUCAACAACAAUAUAUGGGAAGUACUUAUUCAAUUAAUGAAUGGUCUUCUCAAUAAUCAAAGUAAUUUAGUUCUAGUUUUUUCUUUAAAUUACUUUUGACUUAUUUAUUUAUUAGGCUAGAAAAAUCUCUGAAAAGUUGCGAUAA